CAUAUUCUUUUGAGUUUGUCUACCAAUUUCAACAAUAUCUCUUUGCUUUCCACUAUUUAUUACUGACCUUUUCCGGAUAUUCCGGGAUUUGACCACGUGCUCUGACCCUCUUUGUACACUUAAUUUAUUUACUCUGAUCUAAUAUCGUGACCCUAUCAUGGCUGUCUCUACUGCCAAGGCCCCUUCGAUCCCUAACGGGGUCAUUGGUGCCAACCCUGAAAACCUGAAGGCGCCUAAAGUCAGUUAUGGCGUCCCCACAGAAAAUAUUGGCACCAAGAGAAAGAUUAUUUGCUUUUCUGAUUUCGAUGGCACCAUUUUCAUGCAGGAUACUGGCCACGUCCUUUUCGACGCACAUGGUUGUGGCGCUGAACGCCGUGAACUUCUCGAACAACAAAUCAAGUCUGGCGAACGAUCAUUCAAGGAUGUCUCCGAGGAAAUGUGGGGAUCACUCAAGGUCCCAUUUGACGACGGCUUUGAUGUCAUGAAGCAAACGCUUGAAAUCGACCGUGACUUCAAACAAUUCCACGAGUUUUGCAUCAACAACGAUAUCCCCUUCAAUGUUAUCUCGGCCGGUCUCAAGCCUGUUUUGAGGAGGGUCCUCGAUCAAUUUCUUGGGGAGACUCUGUCGUCCCAAAUUGACAUUGUUGCCAAUGAUGCGCAAAUCAGUGAAGACGGCAGCGAGUGGAAACCCAUCUGGCGCCACGAGUCGGAGCUAGGGCAUGAUAAGGCCCUUUCCAUUGCAGAAUACCGUGAUGCUGCCUCGCUUGAAAGUGAAGAUGGCACCAUUCCCAUGAUUGUCUUUAUCGGCGACGGUCUUUCUGACUUGCCGGCGGCUCGGCAUGCUGAUGUGCUCUUCGCUCGUAAAGGUCUUCGUCUGGAAGAGUACUGCAUCGAGCAUAAAAUUGCGUAUAUUCCGUUUGAAACUUUUGCCGACAUUCAGCGAGAGAUUACCAAGAUUAUGAAAAAGGACGAAGAAAAGACCCACGGCAAGGGCAUGCCUACCAAUUACAACCCCAGAGCCAACCUCUGGAGAAGAAUCUCGAGCAAGAACCAGAUUCCCAAGUAUAUCGCCCAAACCCCAAAGGAGGAUCGUAUGUUCCUCUGGCCCGAGACUUUCUCGGAGCUCAAGCAAAUGGAAGCUCUUCAUGCGCAGUAGGACGCCCCAACUAUGGAAGGUAUUUCCCUCUAUACUUGCCCUUAAUUAGCUCUUUUAUCCUCUUUUAUGGGCCAUUGUUGGGCCCUGUCAUGACCAUAUUCUUUCACGUCAUGGUUUUGUUCACUGGAAAAGCAUCAUAUCCGUCUGCAGGUUUACGCUUUUGCAUGGAGACUUCACACGAGGCUUUAUAAUU